UGUAACACACCCAUAGGCGCACAGUACAGGAAAAGUUCUUCAUUCAAAAUGGCGUACCUACGUACCGUGUGCACCAGAUUUCUCUUGCUCGCCAUCCUGACAAACUUUCUUGCGAUCACGGUCGCGAGCUUGGCCAGGGACUCGAGGGAAAUACACGAACACGAGGAUGAUGACGACUACGUGGAAAUUGGAAAUUAUCUUUUGGAGGUUGAGCUGGCGGAUAAGAGAGAGGAAUUCGAUUUUUUGAACAACCCGGAACAGAAUGUUACGUUUGAUCAAGUUGUUAGUUUGGUCGAAAUAGUUUUCGGACGAAUCGACUGUGAGCAACGGGUCGAUAACUGUUCUAAGUGCCAACAUGACUUCACAUCUGACGUCUUUUCCAGCCUCGAUAUCGACGUUGCCGACGGACUCGAUGACGCCGCGUUUCUCCGUGCUAGUCCCUUAUUCCUCUUCGGAGCCUACGAGAUGGUGGCGGUAUGCCAGGCCGGUCGUGGCGGCACAGAUCUCACUGAAAGUGUGGUGAUGGCGUCACUCAAGAUGGCGGCACCUGAUUCGUCUAACUUGACCUUGACUGAGAAUGACCUGGAAGUAAUCUUGGAAUCGAUCCAUGACAGCUAUGCCGAGUCAACGAACGCGAAGUGCUUUAGCGUUGAAUCUGUCUUCGACGAAACCGUGAAUGACCACGAAGCAGGGGCUGACGAUGACGAGCUCCAGUAUGCGGCGCAGGCCGUGGUCGCCGGUCUACUACAAGGGUACUGCAUAGGAGAACCCAUUCUGCCCUCGACCACGGACUUCACCGAGGCAAUUUUCGACACGUUUGCGACGUUGGGCGUCAUUACCGAGGGAGAGUUCGCGCACAUGCUGAUACACCUCGGAAUCGGUGGGGACGAUGGCCACGACCAUGAACACGCCCGUAGGAGGAGGGACGUCAUAGCAACACGCUCGAAGGGGCGGAGCAUAGAGAAGCGAGCUACGGUAUUGGCUGAUGAUCACGACCACGCCAAUCAUAGCCAUUCACACGUUGCGAACGUUACAACGACAUGCUUUUCGAGCGAAGAACUACUUGACAUAUACGGUUUUGACCAUGAAGCUGGAAUUACCGAAGAACAGUUCAACGAACUUUCUCCGUCACUGGUGCAACAAAUCUUGAGUGGAGCAUGCGAAAUUACAACCACUGAGCCAUCGGAUAUCUCCAAAGCAAAAAUGUGGGGAUACGGCACUCUAGCAGUUUUCAUCAUCAGCCUGUUUGCGGUGCUCGGCGGGUUGUUCGUCCCGUGUAUGUCAGAGGGUUUUUAUGACAAGACCAUACAAACAAUGAUAGCUUUAGCCGUGGCUACUCUGACUGGUGAUGCUGUCUUACAUCUUUUACCACAGGCUGUGGGUCUCCACACCCACGACAGCAGCGAUCACAGCGCUCAUACGCCUACGAGCCCGGAGAUGGCGUAUAUCUGGAAGUGUCUCGUUGUCGAGAUGGCCAUCUACGUCUUUUUCGUCUUCGAGCAGCUGACGAGUUUCACGAAGUGUGGUCACUCCCAUCACAGCCAUACACAAUCGGCGGAUGUAGAGAUGACAGCUAACGGGCAACGAGGGCGUGCUAUGUCGGGACAAGGAUCAUUUGCUACUGGCAAAAAUGGAGUAUCUCACUCAGAAUCGAAGAUGGAACUAACAGCUAAUGAGGCAAAGGCAUUUGAAACUGAAACACCUCUCCCGACCGAAGAUACUGAUUGCUGUGUAAGGGGUUGCAAUCCGGUAGCGAUGAUGAUACUCCUGGGCGACUCGUUGCAUAACUUCGGUGACGGUCUAGCGAUAGGGGCAGCAUUCUCCCUGAGCAUCGCUGCCGGACUCUCAACUAGUAUAGCUGUCCUCUGCCACGAGAUCCCGCACGAACUAGGUGAUCUGGCCGUACUCAUGAAGCAGGGCAUGCGACUCCGAACGGCACUCCUGUUGAAUAUGAUUUGCGCUUGUUCGGCAUUCAUCGGCUUGUGGAUCGGGAUCCCGCUGGGACAGACCGAGACCGCUCGGGAAUGGAUCUUCGCUGCUGUUGCUGGCAUGUUCUUCUACGUUGGACUCGUUGACAUGCUUCCGAUGUUACACCAAUACGACGGGAAAAGCAACAAGGUCACCGUGGCUAUUCUGCAGAAUAUUGGAUUCUUGGCGGGAAUUGGGAUUAUUCUGUUAAUAGCGCUGUAUGAGGACGCUAUUACAGUAUCUAUAUAGGGAAAUGUGAGGGUGAAGAGAUACAAAUGGGACAUAUAACAUAAUGCAGAGGCGGCCCUCCCGGGGGGCAGGGGGGCACAGUGCCCCCCCCCCCCACUUUUUCAAGCACCCGUAAAGUGCCCCUUUUUACAUAGAAAUAGUGCCCCUUUUACUUUGACAAGUGCCCCUAUUAAAGUGCCCUUCCCUUUUUUUAACUCUGAGAAUGGCUCCUUUUACUUGGGCACGUACCUCUUUUCAUUCGAGAAGUUCUUAUUUUCCUUUGCAAGAAGUGUCCAUUUUCCAUCUUCAUAAGUGCCCGUUUUAAUCUCUAGUAAGUGCCGCUCGUUAGGUACGAGAAGUGCCUCUUUUCACUAUUAAUAAGUGCCCCCUUCACCUCUGAUAAUUAUUGUCCUAUUUAAUUCUGAGAGGUGCCUCUUUUUACUUUGACAAGUGCCCCUUUCCCUUUGUAAGGAGUGCCCCUACCCUUUUAUUAACUAACCCCAUUUUAACUCGGAUAAGCGCACCUUAUAUUUCCACAUGUGCCCUUUUUCCUUUCUAAUAAGUACCCCUUUUUCUAAUGAUAAGUGACCCAUUAAAAAGAGCCCCUUCCCUUCUCAUAAGUGCUCCUUCUCUGGUAAA